AGGGCAAGUGUAUAUAAACUGCUCUUGCUGCGCCAACCUUUUUGGCGCACGCCUUGUCGAAGUCUUGCUCAUUUCUUGGCUCCUUGUCCUGUCGAGCGAAGUCCGACCGACCAACACCCGCCAAGAUGACUCUCAGCGGCAAGCAGCUCGAGCUGAUUCAGACGCUGUUCAUCGCGUUGCCGUCCUUUAUUCUGUUCGGCUACAACCAGGCUGGAGUCGGAGGACUGCUGUCGAUUGAAAGCUGGGUGCAGACAUUUCCGGAAAUUGACACUAAGCACACAACUGGAAGUGUGAAAUCCGAACACAGCACCGUCCAGGGCACCAUUGUAGCUGUCCUCACACUUGGCGCACUGGUCGGAUCUCUUGCGUGUGCAUCCAUCGGCGAUAUUCUCGGACGACGCAAGACCGUCUUGAUCGCAGCGACUUUGACCUUGAUUGGCGAGAUCCUUGAAUGCAGCAGCUUUGGCCUAGCGCAGUUCACGAUCGGACGCUUUAUCCUUGGUAUUGGUGUUGGCGCACUUAGCACAACAGUGCCCGUCUGGCAGUCAGAAUGCUCGCAGGCGAAGAACCGAGGACGACAUGUGGUCAUUGACGGUCUGUUCAUUGCCGUGGGUUUCGUGCUACAGGCUUGGAUCAACCUCGGAUUCUACCAAAUCAAGACUGGCACUUUGUCAUGGCGCAUGCCGCUUAUGAUCCCGUGCAUCGUUUCCUUGAUCCUCAUGGCAUUCACCUACGUUGUGCCCGAAUCACCUCGAUGGCUUGCAAGCAGGGGCCGAAUGGAACAAGCUCGUAGCAACCUUUCCAAACUCCGGGACGUACCUGUGGACAGCUUCGAAGUCGCGAACGAGAUGGGAGCUAUCGAGCACACACUGGAAGCAACGAAAGACUCUGCCAGAAAGCGGGAUCUGUUCAAGAUGGGAGAAGACAAGGUGCUCUAUCGCUUCAUGCUCUGUCUCGCUAUUCAAUUCUUCCAGCAAUGGUGCGGAUCGAACCUCAUCAGCUCAUACAGCACCACGAUAUUCGAACAGGGUCUUGGGCUCGACAGCCAAACGGCACGAAUCCUGUCUGGCGGAUGUCUCACGUGGAAAUUCCUCAGCUCAUUCGUGGCCUUCUUCACCAUUGAUCGAUUCGGACGACGCAAGCUCUUCAUGGUCAGCGGCGCGGGCAUGUCACUCUGCAUGACUGCGCUGGCGAUCACGAACAACUUCCCAACAAGCAACAAGUCGGCACAGAUUGCCUCUGUGUUCUUCGUCUUUUUCUUCAACUUCUUCGUGCCCAUCGGCUUCCUCGGAUGCAACUACCUCUACGUCACAGAGGUCGCUCCUACACGGUUGCGAAUGCCCAUGACUUCUUUCUCAACGGCAAACCACUGGCUCAUGAACUUUGCCGUGCUCAUGAUCACGCCGGUUGCUAUCGAGUCAAUUGGCUACAAAUACUACAUCUUGUACGCUGUUCUCGGAGCUUGCAUUCCGCUCAUGGUCUUCUUCUUCUAUCCUGAGACAAUGGGACGAAGUCUUGAGCAGAUGAACGCGCUGUUCCAAGAACACAGCUCGAUUACUGGCAUCGUUAGGGCAUCAUUGAAGAAGCCUGAUCCCGAAAUCGAGCGUUUGGCCGAGGCGGCUGCCAGAAAGGAAUACAACAACAAAGAGUUUGAGAAAUCUUCGCAGAUUGAAGAGCGAGUAUGAGGAUGACGACAUGAUCCAGCAAGAGAAGAGAAUAUAUACGAUCGACGAUACGAAUUACGCUUCAUUGAACCCAUGUCGGGUCCAGGUUCCACACCGCCGUAUAGACUACUCUGGUCAAUGUGUAGGUGUAGUCCAGCCACCACCCGACCACAGUUAUGGCGGUUCGAGCAACAAUCCUUGUCGCAUCCUACGUUGGCAUGGCUUCGAUCUGAUCCGAGAAAUACACCUGGCCGUCUCUGCAGACUGUAAUGCCAGUUUUGGUCAUGGCAGGCGACUGUAAAGGGAAGUGCAAGUGCGGUGCUGCACAAACGUAGCCAUUGCAUGGCAUGACCAGAAUCUCGACUGCCGAAAAACGCUGAUGUAAUCAAGGAUAAA